AGUGCCCGGCUGUCGGUUGGAGCGGGGCGGGGGGCCUUUCCCCCCGCCCCCUCGGACUGGACUUCCGCUCACCCAGAAGGCGUGUUCCGGGCUCUCCCACCCAGCUCUGGGCGCCGGUUAAGACCACGGUCCGCGUCGCCAGUACUAUGGAGGCGCCGGUGGAGGCGGAAGUCGAAAAUGAAGACGGCGACAGCAUCUGCGGGGAUUUGUGCUUCAUGGACAAAGGCCUGCGGAGCAUAUCAGAGUUAUCUUUAGAUUCAUCCCUUCAUGCCAUCAAUCUUCAUUGCAAUAACAUCUCAAAAAUUGAAGCCAUUGAUCAUGUUUGGAAUUUACAACACUUAGAUCUGUCAUCUAAUCAAAUAAAUCGAAUUGAAGGGCUAAACACACUGACAAAACUAUGUACUUUAAAUUUGUCCUGCAAUUUGAUCACAAGAAUAGAAGGACUUGAAGCACUAACUAAUCUGACUAGACUGAAUUUAUCUUAUAACCACAUAAAUGAUCUUAGUGGUUUGAUUCCCCUUCAUGGAAUUAAACAUAAACUUAGAUAUAUUGACCUACAUAGUAAUUGUAUAGAUAGUAUUCAUCACUUACUUCAGUGUGUGGUAGGAUUGAACUUCUUGACUAAUCUUAUUUUGGAAAAAAAUGGAGAAGAUAACCCUGUCUGUCGUGUACCAGGGUACAGAGCAGUUAUGCUCCAGACAUUGCCACAGCUUAGAAUCCUGGACUGCAAGAACAUAUUUGGUGAGCCAGUAAAUUUGUCAGAAAUAAAUUCAUCACGCCUACAGUGCAUAGAAGGUCUUUUGGAUCACUUAGUUUCUUCAGAUUCUCCCCUAAAUAUAAGUGAAGAUGAGAUAAUUGAUAGUAUGCCAGUCGUAACACCACCCAUCGAUGAGAUAGCCCCCUUGGAUCAGUUUGCAUCACCAACAGAUACUGGUUUGACAUCAUUUAUAUCUAUAUGUCCAUCUUCUGAGCCGGAGAAAGUUAAUCAUGAAAACAAUUUUCAUAAUGACGUGAAACUUCAGAAAUUAGAUGAUCAAAUUUUACAGCUUCUCACUGAAACUUCUGAUUCUUUAAUAGAUAAUGUUCCUGAGAAAGAUCUCAGACCAAAAAGAGAUACAGAUAUGACUUCUGAAAGUGACUAUGGCAACAGAAAAGAAUGUAAUAGAAGAAUUCCUCGAAGAUCAAAAAUCCCAUAUUAUUCCAAAACUAUUCAGACUAUUAAGCACCACAAUAAAAACAACGCUUUUAUGAGCUGUAAUCGUAAAAUGAAACCAACUUUCUGUAAAGAUUUAUAUGUAAGAUCAUCUUUAGCAAACUGUAAUAUGUUAGAAGAAUCAGAAGAACAGAAGACUGAAAUCAUUAAAGUAGACAACAGUAGCUCAGAAGACACCACUUACCGGACACUUGUUGAACAACUAGACCAAGAGAGAGAGAAGAGAUGGAAAGCUGAACAAGCUGAAAAGAAACUUUUGGAUUAUAUUGCUGAACUACACAAACAUGCAAAUGAAAAAAAAGAUAUUCAUAGCCUGGCUCUACUCACCACAGAUAGGCUAAGGGAAAUUAUUUUUAAAGAGAGAAAUUCCAAAGUACAACUCGAAGUUAUGGUUCACAAACUUCAAAAUGAAAUUAAAAAACUGACUAUUGAAUUAAUUAAAGCAAGAGAUCAACAAGAGGAUCACAUUAGACACUUAAGAACCCUGGAAAAAGCAUUAGAAAAAAUGGAGAGGCAAAAAGGGCAACAGCAAGCAGCACAGAUGCGACUUAUCCAAGAGGUGGAGCUCAAAGCUGCCGCUGCUGAUACAGAAAUAAACUUACUUAGAACUUCUCUUCAUCAAGAAAAGGAACAAGUACAGCAACUUCAUGAACUUCUUGCAUUGAAAGAACAAGAACACAGGAAAGAACUGGAAACAAGGGAGUUUCUCAGUGAUGCUGAGUUCCAGGAGGCCUUAGCUAAAGAAGUAGCUAAAGAAGAAAGAAAGCAUGAGCAAGAUAUAAAAGAAUACCAAGAAAAAAUUGAUACAUUAAACCAACAGUAUAUGGAUUUAGAAAAUGAAUUCCGUAUUGCUCUAACUGUUGAAGCCAGAAGAUUUAAAGAUGUUAAAGAUGGUUUUGAAAAUGUUGCAACUGAGUUAGCAAAGAGCAAGCAUGCUCUUGUUUGGGCUCAACGAAAAGAAAAUGAAUCUUCCUCUUUAAUUAAAGAUCUGACCUGUAUGGUGAAGGAGCAAAAAACAAAACUUGCAGAAGUUUCGAAAUUGAAACAGGAAACAGCAGCAAAUUUACAGAAUCAAAUCAACACCCUUGAAAUCUUGAUUGAAGAUGACAAGCAGAAGAGUAUUCAAAUAGAACUUCUCAAGCAUGAAAAAGUCCAGCUUAUUUCUGAGCUAGCCGCCAAGGAAUCACUAAUUUAUGGUUUGAGGACAGAAAGAAAAGUAUGGGGGCAUGAGUUGGCACAACAGGGAUCAUCUCUAGCCUUAGAUCGUGGGAAAUUAGAGGCACAAAUUGAAAGUUUAUAUAGAGAGAAUGAGUCUCUGAGAAAGGCAAAUGAAUGCGAUAAUGAUGCAUUAAGAAUUAAGUGCAAAAUCAUAGAAGACCAAACUGAAACCAUUGGAAAAUUAAAAACUUGUGUACAAGAAAGAGAAGAACAAAUCAAAAUAUUACAAGAAAAGAUCACUGAAAUACAAAAAUGUACUCAAGAACAACUUGAUGAAAAAUCUUCACAACUGGAUGACAUAAUUGAAAAACUGGAAAGACACAAUGAAAGAAAAGAAAAACUAAAACAACAGUUGAAAGUAAAGGAAUUAGAACUUGAAGAAAUUAGAAAAGCUUACAGUACACUUAAUCAGAAAUGGCAUGAUAAAGGAGAGCUUCUAAGUCAUCUUGAAAUGCAAGUAAAAGAAGUGAAAGAAAAAUUUGAAAACAAGGAAAGGAAACUUAAAGCAGAAAGAGACAAAAGUAUUGAACUACAAAAGGAUGCGGUGGAAAAGCUUCAUAGUAUGGAUGAUGCCUUUAAAAAACAAGUUGAUGCAAUUGUUGAAGCUCAUCACGCUGAAAUAAUACAACUGGCAAGUGAAAAGCAGAAAUACAUUGAUUCUGCAAAUUUAAAGGUCAACAGAUGUUUCAGAAGUUUUCUUUAAAAUCUACCAAGUGUUAACAAGGGUGCAUCAGGUUCAUCGAGUUGAAGAAGAAAUGCGUGAACUUCUUCAGGAAACAUGCAAGAACAAAAAAGCAAUGGAAGAAAAAAUUAGGCAACUUGCUUUUGCUUUAACUGAAAUUCAGCAAGAAAUGUGAUGGUUAUGAGAAUGAAUUUAAUUGAAAUGGAACAGCAGACCUAUUGUAAAAAUGAUUAAAUAUUGUAAUAGUAGUAACUGCUAUGACUUUGAAAUGUCUCUUUCUACACAUUUCAUUCUAAUUAUAUUUUAAAAGACUUGAUUAUUUUUUAAUUGUAUAUGUAGGUUUUUAUAAUAAAUUGUUGAUAAUUAUGUGUAUUAGAAAAACAUCAAAAUAACUAGACUUACAACACUUUCUUGUUUCUGUGCUAUACAUUGUUCGGUAAUUACACAUUUGUCUUCAAAUAUGUAAAUGGAAAUUAACAGUAUUUGGACUAUAUGAGGUAAAGUAUUUUCAUCACUGUUACCUUAUUGUGUUGAUGAACUAAUUAUAUUUAUUGGUCAUCCUUUAGUUGACGUAGCUCCAUUUUUUUUUAAAUGCUCGUAAGUGUAGCUGAAAAGUAUUUGAAGUCUGUAUGUUAAAAGAUACAGCAUUCUUAACAAAGCAUAUGUAGCCAUCUCCACAUUACCCAUAAAGACCCCUUUUUUAUAAUGCAUAUGCCUUCUUCAUUAAAGAUUACAUAUAAGGUUUCAUAAACAUUGUUCCUCAAGAGGAACACCUUGUUUUCCCUUCUAAUCACUGUAUUUGAAAGAAUUUUUAUUUUGACUUUUGUCAUCUCUUAUGUUGCUAUGUAUGCAGAACAAAAACCUAGGUACUAUCACUAUUUCUAAAAGAAAGAAUAUAAUAUCACAUUUUUAACUAAUAGCCACUGAACUAAGUUGUUUGGGGUUUUCUUUGUUUGUUAUUUUAUCAUGGGGCUUGAACUCACAACCCUGAGAUCAAGACCUGAGCUGAGAUCAAGAGUCGGACACUUAACCAACUGAACCACCCAGG